GGGCGUGCUGGGAGUUGUAGUCCAGGGCUCGGCUCGGAACUACGCGUCCCGGCGGGCCCCGCGCGCCCAGCGGAUAUCCGGUGCGGGGGGCCGGGCUGCGAGGGGGGGGGGGCCUGGCAGGGACGGCAGCGCCAUGAUCCGCUUCAUCCUGAUCCAGAACCGGGCCGGGAAGACCCGCCUGGCCAAGUGGUACAUGCAGUUCGACGACGACGAGAAGCAGAAGCUGAUCGAGGAGGUGCACGCCGUCGUCACCGUGCGCGACGCCAAGCACACCAACUUCGUGGAGUUCCGCAACUUCAAGAUCAUCUACCGGCGCUACGCGGGGCUCUACUUCUGCAUCUGCGUGGACGUCACCGACAACAACCUGGCCUAUCUGGAAGCCAUCCACAACUUCGUGGAGGUCCUCAACGAGUAUUUCCACAACGUCUGCGAGCUCGAUCUGGUCUUCAACUUCUACAAGGUCUACACGGUGGUGGACGAGAUGUUCCUGGCCGGCGAGAUCCGGGAGACGAGCCAGACGAAGGUGCUCAAGCAGCUCCUGAUGCUGCAGUCGUUGGAGUGAGCGCCCCCCCCGCCCCCCCUCUGGCCUUCCUCCUCCUCCUCCUCCUCCUCCUCCUCGGCCGGAGCCGGGGGGAGGGGGCGGGGGGGGGGGGGGCUGCGGGCUUCCCGCUGUGCGAAUGGAACGGGGAAGGGGGCCCCCCCACCCCGCCGCCGUGCCCCCCCCCCCCCCCCCCCACCCCAAAAGGGACCAGCCCCCCCCCCCGCCGUCGUCGUGUCGUGAAUAAACGUGGCUGUGACGUG